AUGGAUUUGUAUAUGCAGGAAGUAGAAAAGCGACGCAAUACGACGGAUGCGUUGCGACGAGUUACGAUACGACGGGAUGCGAUGCUACGGGACGCUAUGCAACGGUAUGCGAUGUGUCGGGACACAAUACAUCGGGACGCGAUGCCUCGGGAUGCGAUGCGUCGGGAUGCGAUGCAUUGGGACGCGAUGCGUCGGGACGCGAUGCGUCGGAACACAAUGCGUCAGGACGCGAUUCGUCGGGGCGCAAUUGGUCGGGACGCGAUUGGUCGGGACGCGAUGCGCCGGGACGCGAUGCGUCGAGAAUCGAUGCAUCGAAACGCAAUGCUUUCGAUGCAAUAG